AUGAGCCAGGAAGACCCAAACCCAAAUUUCCUUCAGCAGCAGCAGCACCCUAAUAUUCUAGGGGGCUCCCCAUUUCCAGCCCAGGGGGCCCCCCUUCAUUCCACGGGCCUUGGGCAGUUGCUGCCUUUGGCCAGCCAGGGGCCCGUGCAACAGCAGCAGCAGCAGCAGCAGCAGCAGGAGGGGGUGUUGCUGCUGCAGAGGGAGCAGCAGCAGCAGGAACAAGAGGAAAAGUUUCUGCUGCAACGGCGGCAACAGCAGCAGCAGCAGCAGCCAUCUCCAGGGCCUCGUUUGGAGCCUAAUAGAGACUUAGGCGUUUCUGCAAAGGCAGACAAUGCACAAGCCACAGAUGCCGCCCCUGCUGCUGCUGCUGCUGCUACUACUGCUGCACAAGGCAGGUCUCCCAAAUCUGCUGCAGCGCAGAGCACCGCCAGCAAGCCUGUGGGGCCCCCAACUGGAAACGGCGCUGACGCUGAGGGGCCCCCCUUUACCUCGAGGGGCCCCGCGGCGCCUGCGGGGGCCCCCAAUGUUGCUGCUGCAGGUUUGCUGCUGCUGUGCGGGGGCUGGAUGAUUGCUGCGCUGCUGCUGCUGUCUCCCUUUGGCUGCAUUCCCUUCCUGCGUCACUGCAGCGCAGCUCGCCACAACAGAGCCGGCGUGGGAGAUGGGCCCAUAGGGGCGCCCCCGCAGGAGGGGGGCCCCCCAGGGGCCCCCCUGGGGGCCCCCCGGGGGGCCCCCGUGGGGGCCCCCAGAGGGGCAGGGGGAGGGCGUUGUGGGCUCUUGCUGGGGCUGAAGUGUGGGGCCCCCCACGCCUGCAUGGGGUGUAUGUACCCUCUUUGA